GUGGCAUUCAAUGGCUCCCUUUGUUACUUCAGCAUCAAGGAGAACAAGCGCUUGGUCCUCGUAGAUGGAUCGAAGCUCACCGGCGCCAAGGUGACCCCACUCGUCGGCGCGGCGCGCGAGUACGCCUUCAGGUUGCAGUGCUACACCCACGACGAGCAUGAGAAGGACGUGAACAUGUGCUUCUCUGCGGAGUCUCCGGAAGAGUACACGAAGUGGACAGGGCUUCUGAUGCACACCGCCAAUAUGGACGGUGCGAUCCAGACGGUGCGCCUUGGCGGGGACGUCGCUGCUGAGAUCAAGCAGUUCAGGCUAAAUGUGAAGAAUCGUCGAAUGAAGGUCGGCGAGGACAAGAAGGAUCAGUUCGCCCCGGUCUUCAAAGCGAAGCUUUGGAAGGUCAAGGCGGAGGGCGACCGGCGGAAGGAGGAAGAUUGGUUCGAGCGCGAGAUGUGGAUUGCGAAGAACGGCAGUCUCGUCUACUGGAGCAAGAAGGAGGACCGUGACCUGGUCUACUACACCUCCGAUGACAUCGCACGCGCGACCAUCACGCUGAUCCCCAACGAUGAUAGCUUCAUCCCCUGGGCUUUCCAGGUCCACCUUCCCCCGAUUGGAGAGGUGGAGUUCACACCCGGCGAGUUUGCCGCCGAGUCCGAGGCGAUGCGUGACUGUUGGAUCGAGGAGUUGGUUUCUGAGAGCCCUGCUAGCCCUUUCGACGCAGCUGCGGCGCAGCUGCCUCCGACUCCUUUGACUGUGUCUGCGCGCCCCCCACGCGCGCACCUCGAGGAGGCCCAGUGGGCAGUGGGAUAUGCAGAGUGGGAUGCGAAUCGCGCUCUGGUCGCCAAGGUGUGUGAGAGGAGUGCUCUUGGCAGCAUCGAAGGAGUCAAAGGCUUUGCGUUUGCCAAGUUCAGGCUGGCCGCGGCUCCAAGUCGCGUGCGCCCACGGCAAGGAGGAAAGUCAACGAAGAGAGGACCGAUGCUGGGGAUUUUCAAGGAGGAGCCGGAGCUGCGGGUGCACGAAUCACAGAUCAUGCACCGCGUCAACGCCUUCCGCGGCUGGAAGGAACAGCGCCAGCCUCGGAGAGGCAUUGAGUCCUUCGCAGAAGGAUACAAGAUCUUCGGUUUCCAGAGGCACGAGGCCGAGAAGAAGUGGAGCUUCAGUGAAUGGCUACCAGCAGCAAGGAAAGUUUUCCUCGUAGGCAACUCCCCUUCUAUCUUCGUCGGAGAUGUGUGCCUGCGUGCGCGUGUGCGCGUGCGCUACGCAAAAAAGGAGAAGACCUAUCCCAUGACACGCGAAUACGGUCGCUGGACGAUUGACUUGCCUGAUCAUGACGAUGGUCGCUGGCUCGUACCUCACAGGUCCCAGAUCCGUCCGGAGCUCGGGCCCGGCAAUGGCGAGAGAAAGCGCGCAGAGAUGGGAUUGCGAAUCGAGUCGGAGUCCGGGACCUUCGACCGGGUGCCGGCGUGGACGAAGUUCGCAGAGGACACGGCCUUGCACGUCUACAACGCCGUGAUGUGGGAGCCCCCGCCGGCGGAGCGCUACAUCAUGCGCCACGCGAGGCCAAGGAGACCGAAAACUCUGAAGAUCUACGAGGCACACGUGGGCACUGCUGGCGAAGAUGCCAAGGCUCCCCACACGUACUUGGAGUUCAAGGCAGUGCUUCCUAAGAUCAAGAGCUUGGGCUACAACACGGUGCAGUUCUUGGCCGUGGCGGAGCAUUCGGACUAUGCCUCCGCGGGCCGGCAGGUGACCAGCUUCUUCGCACCCUCCAGCCGCUUCGGGACGCCCGAAGAGUUCAAGGAGCUAGUGGACACAGCGCACGCCCACGGCCUCACGGUGCUGAUGAGCUUGGUGCAUUGCCAGCUCUCCCCGCAUGAGCUGGACGGCAUCGCGUCCAUGGACGGAACCGACUGCUACAGGCACGCUGGCAGCAAGGGCUGGCAGGAGUCUUGGGCUGCCGCGCUCUUUGACUACGGCAAGUACGAGGUGCUGCGGUUCCUCCUCUCCAACCUCCGUUGGUGGAUUGAGGAGUACGGCAUCGACGGCUUCUGCUUCGCAGGCAUCACCAGCAUGCUGUACCACUCCCACGGAAUCGGCAAGUCCUUUACCAACUCCAAAGAGCACUUCGGCUGGGACUCGGACCUCGAGCUUCGCUCUCAGCCG